GAGUCUCACUUCUCUAAGACUUGUUGAAAACAUAACGGCCUGAAUAUUACCAACCAAACGAAACCUUCUAAACACCAUUUUUCUUUUUCAUUGCAGAUGGAAUUGGAAAGAGGAGUUCAGAGGUGGGCAGUUGACAUUUCAAAUUGGGACCCAAAUGCCCAAAAAUUUUCCUUUGCUCUCUCUCUUCUACCUCCCACUUUCAACCACCACACCUCCAUUACCAGAUUUGUUGGACUGGAAGAUAGAAAGAGGGCACUUGUGAGCCGGCUACUUCAGUAUGCUCUUGUACAUCAAGUGUUGGGAAUUCCUUAUGAUGAAAUUGUGAUCGAGCGCACACUGGAAGGGAAACCAUACCUGGAAUAUGGGAAUGUUUGUGAAGAAUUCCCCAAUUUCAACUUUAAUGCAUCGCAUCAUGGUGACUAUGUGGCUAUAGCUUCUGAACCUUUAUGUCUUGUGGGGUUGGACAUUGUGUCUCUUGUCAUUCCCUGGAAAGAGACAGUUGAAGAUUUUAUUCAAAGUUUCGCCUCUUAUUUUUCGAGUUUAGAAUGGGAUAAUAUAGUUUCUGCUGGCACUAGUGAUGAUAUUUUGGUUGAGUUUUUUAGAUAUUGGAGUCUGAAAGAGGCUUAUGUCAAAGCAUUAGGAAGUGGAGUAUCAUACGACUUGGAAAAAGUGGAGUUUCAUCACAGUAACUGGAGAAAUAUUUCUGUCAAAAUUUCUGGGAGGGAUAUGCCAGAGUGGAGAUUUUGGCUUUCUGAGCUAGGAAAAGGACAUCUGGUAUCGGUAGCAAGGGGUCACCCAAGAUCAGCCACUGAGAGUUACAAGAAAACACUAAAAUGUACAGAGCUUGAUGAAGAGGAAUACAGUAAAGGUCUGCAUCUUCCAAACGUAGAUUUUGUCUUUCUAACUGUAGAAGAAGUCAUUCAAAUUUUAUGUAAAGAAGUUGACAGCAUACCCAGAAUUCCUAAUGCCAAUAAUUUAGAGGAAACAGGUGAUGUACAGUUACCAGCAUUGUAAUACAGUGAAAUUCAUUUACAGAACA